GGGCGGAACGGUGUCUCCUUCACUUCGCCCUCCAGCCGGGGAAGCUGCAGCCCGACCCUGAGCGAGCCCAGCAGCCUCAGCUGCGAGCGGAGCGGCGGUAGCGGCCCCUCUCAGGAGACCACCAGAUCACCUCUUCCUGUGGCCUCGCCAUGGCGACCUCCGGACAGAGGGGCGCGCGGCCAAUGUGUAUUCCUCCAUCAUAUGCUGACCUUGGCAAAGCUGCCAGAGAUAUUUUCAACAAAGGAUUUGGUUUUGGGUUGGUGAUACUGGAUGUGAAAACAAAGUCAUGCAGUGGUGUGGAAUUCUCAACGUCUGGUUCAUCUAACACUGGUAAAGUUACUGGAACCUUGGAGACCAAAUACAAAUGGUGUGAGUAUGGUCUGACUUUCACAGAAAAAUGGAACACUGAUAACACUCUGGGAACAGAAAUCGCAAUUGAAGACCAGAUUUGUCAAGGUUUGAAACUGACAUUUGAUACCACCUUUUCACCAAACACGGGAAAGAAAAGUGGUAAAAUCAAGUCUUCUUACAAGAGAGAGUGUAUAAACCUUGGUUGUGAUGUUGACUUUGAUUUUGCUGGCCCUGCAAUCCAUGGUUCAGCUGUCUUUGGUUACGAGGGCUGGCUUGCUGGGUACCAGAUGACUUUUGACAGUGCCAAAUCAAAGCUGACAAGAAAUAACUUUGCAGUGGGCUACAGGACUGGGGACUUCCAACUACACACUAAUGUCAAUGAUGGGACAGAAUUUGGAGGAUCAAUUUAUCAAAAAGUAUGUGAAGAUCUUGACACUUCAGUAAACCUUGCUUGGACAUCAGGUACCAACAGCACUCGCUUUGGCAUUGCAGCCAAAUAUCAGUUGGAUCCCACUGCUUCCAUUUCUGCAAAAGUCAACAACUCUAGUUUAAUUGGAGUGGGCUAUACUCAGACUCUGAGGCCUGGUGUCAAGCUUACACUGUCUGCUCUGGUAGACGGGAAGAGCAUCAAUGCUGGAGGCCACAAACUUGGGCUUGCCCUUGAGUUGGAGGCUUAAUCCAGCUGAAAGAAACCUCUGGGAAUGGAUAUCAGAAGAUUUGGCCUUAAUAUAUUUCCAGUGUGACUAGCAGGCUCCCCCCUCCCCAAGAAGGUGAUCAAAUCAAAGGAUGAUCUAAACAAGAGCUGUAUUUUAAAUAUUUAGAUAGUUACUUGUUAGCUGGUUUCUAGUUGAAUUGGUUAUCUAUCUAGUUACCAAUGCUGCAGUCGUGCAGUCACCUAUAUAUUAUUUAAAUGUAUUUA